AUGGUGCAAGAAUUUGAAGAUAAUAUCAUUCCUCCACCAGUUGAAAUUAGAGAUGGGUGAAAACCAACCCUAAUACCCAGAAAAAAGGUUGUAGUACCAGGUGCAGCACUAAGGACAAAAAUAGAAGGGAAAAGUAAAUCUCUCAAAGAAUAUACUAAAUCAUUUAAAAUAGGUGUGAACAAUGAUACAGAUCCAUUUAAACAAAACACUGGAACAAGAAAAGCCAUUCAAUACAGACUCGCGCAACUGUUGGGUGAAAUGAAAGGUUUGAAAUUUGUCGAGACUUUGAGCAUCAUAUUUGAAAAGAUCUCACAAGAUGUUGUCAUCGAUAAACAGCUUAUUUUAAAAGUUCACCCAAAACAAUAA